UUCACCACUCUCAGUGUCGUGUUUUUACUUGCUCAGUUGUGUUUGGUGCUCCCCAAAAAAGUAUCAUUUUCUCCUGGUUCCCGGACAAUUUGCGCCAUGAUUCCCUAUCAAGUGUCUUCCAGUGUUGUCCCUGAUGUGAGAUCAAGUGAAUAUUCCCCUGUGAAUACUGUGCGUUAGUUGGUAGAAAAAGGUGUUUUAGUGGAUGGGAUUUUGUUUGUGGGCAGUUUUUUCUGUGUAGCCUUCCAAAGAGUGUUUUGGGGCCUUUUUAGGCGGAAAGUGAAGUGGGACGGAAGCAGUUUGUGACACAAUUUCUCAGUGAAUUCCGAGGUCACUUGAGUGCGUGCCUUCUGCGCAUCUCGCGGAAGUCUGCGCACGGGAAGAGAGAGAGUGGGUAUUGGAGGGUGGCUGGAGGUGAGGAUGAGCUACUCUCGGGUGCAUUGCGAUGACUCACGGCGUCCCUUGAGUGUCUGAGUGCAAACGAUGGACGAGCAGGACAUUCUCAAGACGGUGGAAUCGGUGCUGGGUAAGAAUUGUGUCAUCGUGGACUGUGAGACGACGUCCACGGUGCGCGAAGAGGAAGUUCUCACGAUAAAUGGGAUUCCCGUGAGAUUGGAUGGAAGUGAGCAGGAUGCCAUAAAAUCAGCCCUGAGCACGGGUCAAGUGCCCCCAUGUGAUUUGCUCAAUCAGAUUCUCUACCAGGCUGGAAUUCUACGACAGCCAGUUCGCCUGGAAACCUCCCUCAGCAUCAAAUCCUCAAUUGUUCAUACGGAAGAAGUCAGUGUAGCCAAGGACGGACGUGUCCUAGAUGAGAGGAUGUGCGAAAAGCGUGAGAAUAACUGCUACACGAGCAAUUGUACAGAAGUAUGGGAGCCUGUGGGAUCACGUCAGAGAAUCCCAAAAGUCACGCAAAAACUGGGAGAAACCCCGUCAAGUAGCGGCUGCAGCAUCCCAGCUGCAUCUUCGGGGAAACUCACUGCAGACAGGAGCACAACAUCCGCCGGAACACUCAGCAAUUCAGAUUCUGGACAUCAUGGAAACACCUCCAGGACAACCAUCAGGACUCCCUCAUCCUCCUGCUACGAUGACUUCUCCUCAACCACCGACGAAGCGCCGUUGUACAUCAGGACUCCGCCUCAGGUAUCAGUGGACCAACACCCGGACAAUCAGGAGGAUCUGGGACCCAAUAGUGUUCUCGUGUAUCGCGAUGGAAUCCUCGUGGCGGCUCCGCUGGAGGCAUUGAUUCAGCACAUGGUGCCCACGUGCGAUUACUAUCCCGAGCAGAAAUUCCUCUUUGCCUUCCUCCUCAGCGGUCGCCUGUUUCUCAGGCCGGUGGAUCUGCUGGCUAAAUUGUGCCAUCUGGGUGACAUGGAGCAGAAGAAGCUCCAGCUAGAGGGGAGGGGCAGGGAUGAGGGGAGGCUGGUGUGUGUUGUGAGGAAUUUUGUGCAGUUGAUUGCAGAAUGGGUGGAAACGUUCCCGUACGAUUUUCGGGAUGAGCAGAUGAUGGUGAUGGUUAAGCAGGUGACGCAGAAAUGCAUCGCUUGUGAUCCUCGUCUGAGGCGCGAUGUGGCUAAUUUGCUACAGACGCUCGUGGGGCGCCUCACGAAGUUGGAGCGAUAUGAGGAGUUCCUGGAGAGGCUGGGACAGCAGGAACUGAGUCAGACCACCGAUAUACAGCAACAGAGUACAACACCGAGCGAAAUGUGCCAAUUGGUGCAGGAUGUCACGGACAUAUGCCCCAAUCCAACCAUUCUAGCCUACCAAUUAACUCACAUCGAACUCGAGAGGCUGUCCUACAUUGGACCAGAGGAAUUUGUCCAGGCUUUCAGCAAGGACAAUCCACCAAAUCUCACUGCCACUGAUGGUUCCAGCACUUCCCAGAGUGGCCAUCAUCAUUCGGAUCGUGUGCCCGGAACACCCGGCGGAAGUUCAGGCAGCGAUGCCAAGAAGACGCGGAAUCUCGAAUCGUACGUUCAGUGGUUCAACAGACUCAGCUAUUUGGUGGCCACUUCCAUUGUCAGACAUGGGAAAAAGAAGCAGCGUGUCCGUUUGGUGGAAUAUUGGGUUGAGGCGGCACGUGAAUGCUUCAAUAUUGGCAACUUUAACAGUUUAAUGGCAAUUGUGGCGGGCUUAAAUAUGUCACCAAUUGCAAGACUGAAGAAAACUUGGGCCAAGGUUCAAUCGGCCAAAUUCUCAAUUUUGGAACAUCAAAUGGAUCCCAGUAGCAAUUUUAGCAGCUACAGAUCCACGCUCAAGGCGGCUGUUUGGCGAUCAUCGGGCGCCACGGAUGAGAGACAGCGAAUUGUGAUUCCGUUCUUCAGUUUACUAGUCAAAGAUCUGUACUUUCUCAAUCAAGGAUGCUCAAAUCGCCUUCCGAAUGGUCAGAUCAACUUUGAGAAAUUUUGGCAGCUGGCAAAACAAGUGACCGAAUUUAUUGCGUGGAAGCAGGUACGAUGUCCAUUUGAGAGACAUGCAAAUAUCAUCAAAUUCCUCCAGAUGAGUCCUAUUCUCACCGAAAACACCUUGUCGAUGGUGUCAUUUGAGUUGGAACAGCCGGAAAAUAAUCACGACAAGGAGAGGUACAAGACUCUCAAAAGUGAGCACAAUAAUCACUAAAUUGGGCAGCUGCAGAGGUAAGAAGAAAAAAAAAUGCGAUCUGAAGGAGGAAAAGCUCUCUCUCAAAAUAAAAAAAAAUGAAAAACUUAUGUCUUUUACACUGCAAUUAUUUUUUAAAAAUAAACAAAAGGGAGAAAACUCAAUCUUUUUUGUAUUGUAAAAAAGAUGGACAAGAGAAUGAAUAUUUAAUUUCAUUUUUGAAACAUUGCAAAACAAAAUAAAAAAUAAAAAAAAACUAUACUUGAUACUUACAGUUGGUAUAUUUUCUAAUGUAAUUUUUGAUAUGACGAUGAAGAGGAAGAAAACCAAUUUAAUAUAUUUAAAUUUUUACAUUUUAAGAUGCAUAUUAUGAAGAAAAAAGAAAAGAAUUUGUACAAAAUGUUUAUGUGACGUAAGAAUCGCGCACGAUUUUUUUUUUUUUGUUUUUAGUUCCACAAAUCUCAAUGAUUUUGCUUUUUCCUUUUGUAAAUGGGUCAGAGAAUGAUAGGCUAGAUGGAAAAACGUAAAAUACUUAAAUAGAAUCUUUGUUUUUUUUUGUUUUCUUCGUUUUGAAUGGCACUAAAGUAAAUUAAAAAAAAGAAUAUAUUUAAAAAAAAAAGAAAAUAGGAUACAUAUCAAUUGUAUUUUCUCAUCAUUCCGCAAAGAAUAUUUCAUUCCUUUUUUCUUAACUUCGGACGUUGGAAAAGGAAGAAUAUUUGAUGAUUAAAAAAACUGCCUAAAAAAAUAGCAAAUGAAUCUGUCUCGAAAAAAAAGAAAUAAAUGAUACAAAAGUAACAGUAUUACAAGAAGGAGUAAAUGUAUGAUUUAGAGGACAAAAGAAACUGGCUUAAAUGGAGAUGUAGAAAAGUAGUAACUAUAUGAAAUGUAAUUAAUUGAGCAGAAGGACAAGAGGAUGGAAAAUAAAGCAUUUAAAUGAUAAAUCA